GCAUUGUGGGAUUUUAGGACACGGAAGAGACCGAGUAGUAAUAGUAGUGGAGAUAGAUGUGUUUAUAUUAUUCAACUUGAAAGCAUGUUGGAGUUGUGAAGGCUUGCUGUAGUUUAUUAAGCGCUAUAACCGUUCUCAGGACCAAAGUGCGAUUUUUCAGCUUUCCAGCAAAACACUGAAGCUCUGGUCACUGAGUUAAUUAACAAAGAGGCGUCGCAUGGCAUGAGGAGCAGCUGCAAGACGAGUAAACAUCACCUUCAGCAUCAUUUCCUGACACGUGUUCGUAUGUUCACGGCGUUUUCACACAGGCAAACCAGCCUAGGAAAUGUUAAUAUCAUCCUCACUGGUGAAGUUUUUUUUUUAAAGCUCAGUACUGAUUUCCACGUCCUUAUUUUUGAGGUGGCUUAACUCCGUUUAACGUCCCAGAAUCAGUUUAAAACUCUUAAACCGAACUCCGCAGCAGAUAGUUCAUGCUCUUGGACACAUGCUCCUGAUCCUGCUGUCUCACAGCAUUGUGAGGAUGAGCACAUAGUUACUGAUGUGGGAAACUCGAGCUCUAUGGAGCAUGUCUCCUUUGUGGAUGAGCAGAAUGCAGGAUUCAAGAUGAGGCCUCUAAAAGAAGAGCCUGAAGAUGAAGAUUAUCUCUGUGGAGGAACAUCGAGCUCUGUUGGACACUCUAUCCAGAACACUGAAUUUCUGAAGAAUCCUAUAAAGGUGGAAGACUCGGAAACUAAACUUGAAGAGGAAGAUUCUCACUGUGAAGGAACAUCGAGCUCUGUUGGACACAUAGUCCAGAAUGCCGAUUUUCAGAAGAAUUCUAUAAAAGAGGAAGACUUGGAAGAUGAAGACUACUUGUACUGUGAGUAUUGCAAAGUCUUCUUCAUAAACAAAUGUGAAGUUCAUGGUCCGGCUCUCUUCAUCCCUGAUACUCCUGUUCCCCUGGGUGUCGCUGACAGAGCCAGACAAACACUCCCAUCCGGACUAGAGAUACGGGAGUCCAGUAUUGCUCAUGCAGGUGUGGGAGUGUUUAAUGAAGGGGGGACUGUUCCAGUUGGUGCACAUUUUGGACCCUACCAGGGAGAUCUGGUAGAUGGAGAGGAAGCUAAGAACAGUGGGUAUUCCUGGGUGAUAUUUAAGAACAGACUGCAUGAGGAAUACAUAGAUGCUAAGAGAGAGGUGCAUGCUAACUGGAUGAGAUAUGUGAAUUGUGCUCGUAUUGAUGAGGAGCAGAACUUGGUGGCUUUUCAGUAUCGAGGGGGGAUUCUGUACCGUUGCUGUCGACCCAUUAAUCCAGGACAGGAGCUGUUGGUGUGGUAUGAUGAGGAGUAUGCCAAAGAUCUUAGUGUUGUCUUUGAUUACCUCUGGAACAAAAAGUGUUCCCCAAAUGAAAUAAAUGACAGCCUGUUGCAUGUCUCUUCGUGCUCCUUGUGCCCACUUUCCUAUACAUCAGAGAAGACUCUCCACAGACACAUGAGAAGAUGCCACCCUGAACAGCAGCUGAAACCGACUGAACCGACUACGCACGAUCUGACACCCACAGUAAGCUUCAGUGUUGAACAAGUAUCCUCUGGUACUCUCCUCACUAGCAGCUCUCAACAACAAGUGCAGAAGGAACCGCACAACUGCUUAGAUUGUGGAAAGAGUUUUCUUCUUCAGAGUGGUCUACGACAACACCAGCGUAUUCACAAAAGACACAAGUCGUAUCACUGCUCACAGUGUGGGAAGAGUUUUAAUCUUGAAUCUGCUUUCAAGCGACACCAGCUUAUUCACACAGGAGAGAAGCCGUAUUGCUGUUCACAAUGUGGAAAGAGUUUUACUCAUCGGCGUACCCUCAAACUACACCAGCGUGUUCACACAGGAGAGAAACCGUAUCACUGUUCACAAUGCGGAAAGAGUUUUACCCGUAAGACUCAAGUCAAACUACACUAUCACAUUCACACAGGAGAGAAGCCGUAUCGCUGCUCACAGUGUGGAAGGAGUUUUACUGAAAAGGGUAAUCUCCGAACACACCAACGUAUUCACACAGGAGAGAAGCCGUAUCAGUGCUCCCAAUGUGGAAAGAGUUUUUAUCAACAGCGUUACCUCCAAACACACCAGCGGGUUCACACAGGAGAGAAACCGUAUCUCUGCUCAGAAUGUGGGAAGAAUUUUGCUCGCUAUAACAGUCUCAAACGACACCAGUGCACUCACACACAGAAGCGGUAUCAAUGCUUGGAGUGUGAGGAAAGUUUUACCAAAAAGCGUAAUCUCCAAAUACACCAGCGCAUUCACACAGGAGAGAGACUGUAUCAGUGUUCACAAUGUGGAAAGGGUUUUACUCAUCAGAAGCAUGUCAAAGAACAUGAACGCGCUCACACAGCAGAGAAGCUGUAUCGCUGUUCACAGUGUGGGAAGAGUUUUGCUGACGAGUCUAAUCUUGAAACACACCAGUGCACUCCCGCAAAAAAGAAACUGUAUCAGUGCCAACACUGUGGCGAAGAUUUGACUCACCCAAGUGAUGUCAAACUACAUGAACGUGUUCACCAGUGGCGGCUUGCCAAUGCGGGGCGCUGGGGCACCACCCCCUCUCCAGAUAUCUAGAGAAGUCGAGUUGAGCACAUUAAAUAUAAAUUCAUUGUAUAAUACAAAGUAAUUGUGAAAUAUAGCUUACUCAUACAGUGCACCUGGUAGUCUGUCAGCAUUGAUUAUACUGUAAAUUGGUUUUAAGUUAAAUUUGCUUAACUUCUAUGUGAAUACAUGUGUUUCCAGGUUAACGGCACUGCACAAAUGAGUGUCUGUGAAAGGCCUUUUGUAAGCAGGUGACCUGAGGCUGUGCUCUAAUUGCCUGCCUUCAGAUUUUACACGGGAUUCAGCUCCCUCUGCCCUAGAUACACUGACUUUUUUUUUUUUGUUUGUUUUUGUUUAAAAUAACACUUUCAAUAAAGUACAAAAUAUGGCAGCAGCAGCAUGUUAUCAUUCUGUUAAAUAUAGGGAAGAACAGAGAAAUUAUCAAAGGGAACAAUCUGAUAAAAAUCUAGUAUAAACAAAUUAUAAUACAAAAUUGGAAAUAUUACGUAGGAAAUGCUGUCGUUAAAGGAAAACAAGUAAGAAAUCUCAUCAUAAAACGUAAAAAAAAUACAAGAGGAAAAUUUCUCAUCUAAUUCAGUAAGGAAGUGUCUUAAAAUAUCCUACAAUCUUUCUGCUUAAGGAUAAAGCGGCUAGAGAUAAUGAGAUGAGAUGAGAUGAGAUCUUUCUGCUUAUGCUACUUUUACAGAUUUUAAGGACCUUAAGUAUAAUUUAUAUUCUUUCAAGAAAGAAACAAGUUUCAGGGAUGAUUUUAGGAUUCUAUUCUUGUGUAUAAAAAAAACUUAGCCAGACACAGUUUACAUUACUAGAGAGUUCAUCAUUUUUCUUUUGCAAGAUCAUACCAAAUGUUAUUUUGUCUCCGGAAAUGGAAUCUGGAAAUAACGAGACUUUUUGUUUUAUCCAUUUGUGAAUGUCAAGCCAAAAUGUUUGUAUUACACCACAUGAGAAAAAUAUCUGGUCUGUAGUUUCAAUAUCAUUUUCACAAAAUGAGUGUAAAUUAUCAUCAGUGUUAAAAUGUAGUCAAAGUAAUUGUUUUAGAAGUAUAAAUGUCAUUCAUAAUUUUAGUGUGUUUCUUUCAUUUUGGGGGGUGUUGGGAAUGUUAGAUGCAUAGUUCUUAGUCUAUCGAUUGAAUUUUUAUCAAACGUAUGUAGGAUAUAAUUUUUGUUCUGUCUUCCAGUGAAUAGUUGCUCAGUUAGAUAGAUAGUUUCUAAUAAAAUAGGCGUUACAUUUCUUGUCCAGGAUUAAAAUCCCCUGAAUUGAUAGUGGGGCCAGUUGUGGCUGUGUAGAUUGAUGUACCAUUAUAUUUUCCAUUAGGAAACAUACAUUCUUGGGUUACCACUUUAACAAAGUCUAAUUUUGAAGGGUUCAAACUGUGUUUCAUGCAGAAUUGUUCAUAGUCUAAUAAAUUACCAUUUGCGUUCAUUAAGUGAGCUAGACACCAUAUAUUCUUCUCAAACCAAUCUUCA